AUGCAAUCGCAUGUCCACAAUCGCGAUAGCGAUGACCGCCGUCACGAGCGCGAUACGAGAUCGCAUAACAUACCGCUAUGCUCACACGACGUGCCCAUGCUGGAGCACCAUCAUCCGCCGCUCAACUUUGCGCGCCUACGCCAUGUCCAUGUGCCCCGCCACGACGAACGAGGAUACGCCCAUUACAAGACCCUGCAGCAAGUCGUCAUGGCCAACGCUGUUCGCGAGUUUGAGCAGGAGCUGUGGUCACGGAGCGUUGUGGAAUAUUUGGAGCUACAGAACGAAAAGCUGAUUGUGCGUCUUUACAGCCAGAGCAAGCUGUCCCAGCAGGAACUGGCCGACCUUCAGAAAGCAACCCACUUCGACAAGAAAGAGCUACAGCAAUGGUACAAGGGUUUCUUGAAGGACUGCCCGUCGGGCAUGCUUACCAAAGAGGAGUUCCAAAAGAUCUACAAACAAUUCUUUCCGUUCGGCGAUCCAUCAUCGUUUGCAGAUUAUGUCUUCAACGUAUUUGACGCGGACAAGUCAGGCACAAUCGACUUCAAAGAGUUUAUCUGUGCUCUCAGUGUGACUAGUCGCGGCAAGAUGGAGGACAAGCUCGACUGGGCAUUCCAACUGUACGACAUUGAUGGCGACGGCAAGAUUAGCUACGAGGAGAUGUUGGCGAUUGUAGAAGCCAUCUACAAGAUGGUCGGCUCCAUGGUCAAGCUCCCCGAAGACGAAGACACGCCCGAGAAGCGCGUAAAAAAGAUCUUCCGGAUGAUGGACAAGGACGAGAACGGCAGCCUGGACAUGGCCGAGUUCAAGGAGGGUUCCAAGCGCGACGAAACGAUUGUGUCGGCAUUGUCUCUCUACGAUGGUCUUGUGUGA